CCAGUGCCUGGGACCCCCAGCUCCACCCCCAGCCUCUGCGCCCCCAGUGACCCCCCCCGCCUUUCUCCCCAUAUCCAGGGACCACCAGGCCCUAGGCAGCCACAGGGCCCCUGACUCCCCCUCACAUCCUCUCCACUGACCCUUCCUAGGGUCCCUCCUUAGCCCCCCCCCCCCCGGGCACCUCACAGGCCGUGGUCCCCCACCCACUCUCUCUGUCUUGGGGUCCCCCCCACCCCCGACCAUGGCGCAGUACAAGGGGGCGGCCAGCGAGGCCGGUCGGGCCCUGCAACUGAUGAAGAAGCGGGAACGGCAGCGGGAGCACAUGGAGCAGAUGCGGCAGCGCAUCGCGGAGGAGAACAUCAUGAAGUCGAACAUCGAUAAGAAGUUCUCGGCUCAUUACGAUGCGGUGGAAGCAGAACUGAAAUCCAGCACCGUGGGUCUGGUGACCCUGAACGACAUGAAGGCCAAGCAGGAGGCGCUGGUGAAGGAGCGGGAGAAGCAGCUGGCCAAGAAGGAGCAGUCCAAGGAGCUGCAGCUGAAGCUGGAGCGGCUGCGGGAACGGGAGCGGAAGCAGGAGCAGAAACGGAAGAUCUCCAGCCUGUCCUUCACCUUGGACGAGGAUGAGGAUGAGGAGGAGGAUGAAGAGCAGCUGGAGGAGGAAGAGCCAGAGCUGGAGAAAGAGGAGCUGCCCCCCAAGAAGCGCAAACUGGGAAAGAAUCCGGAUGUGGACACCAGCUUCCUGCCGGAUCGGGACCGCGAGGAGGAGGAGAACCGCCUGCGCGAGGAGCUGCGCCAGGAGUGGGAGGCCAAGCAGGAGAAGAUCAAGAGCGAGGAAAUUGAAAUCACCUUCAGCUACUGGGAUGGCUCCGGCCACCGGCGCACAGUCAAGAUGAAGAAGGGGAACACCAUGCAGCAGUUCCUGCAGAAAGCCCUCGAGAUCCUGCGCAAGGACUUCAGCGAGCUCAGGUCAGCCGGGGUGGAGCAGCUCAUGUACAUCAAGGAGGAUCUGAUCAUCCCCCACCAUCACAGCUUCUACGACUUCAUCGUGACUAAAGCAAGAGGGAAAAGUGGGCCGCUCUUCAACUUCGACGUUCAUGAGGACGUGAGACUCCUGAGCGAUGCCACUGUGGAGAAGGAUGAGUCCCAUGCUGGGAAGGUCGUCCUGCGCAGCUGGUACGAGAAGAACAAGCACAUCUUCCCGGCCAGCCGCUGGGAGCCCUAUGACCCUGAGAAGAAGUGGGACAAGUACACUAUCCGGUGAGAGAUGUAGCCCUGGAAUGCUGCUGUGGAGCUCCUGGCGUUGUUGCUGCCCAAUGGUCGUCAUAUCUCCUUCCCCCCCCCCAAUCUCUCAGCCUGCUGGUGAAAUAAACUCUCCUGUGCUCA